AUGCAAGCGCCCUCCAACGAAGUGUCUUACACCGUCCUUUCCGAGAAAGCGAAAGGAGGUGGCAAGCGAUGGAUUGAGAUACUCUCUGCUCGCUUGCCGAUUUUGUCGUGGCUGCCAGCCUAUGAAAGACGCUUCUUCGUGCCAGAUGUGACCGCUGGCAUCACUUUGGGAACGAUGUGCCUGGCGCAGACGCUGGCACAUGCAACGAUUGCGACCACCAGCCCCAUUCAGGGCCCCCACACUGCCCUGCUGCCACCCGUCAUUUACGCCCUGUUAGGUACCUCAAAGCACGGCUCCGUGUCUUCGGGCGCUAUGGUCGCCAUGAUUAUUGCCAAUGUCCUCCAGCCAUUCCCAGAGGAGGACCACACAGAGCUUGCCUCAUUGUUGGCCUUGGUUGCAGGCUUCAGUCAGAUCUUAAUGGGCAUCUUUGAUCUGGCUUCUGCCGUUCGAUUUUUGUCCCAGCCAACUCUCAGUGGCUUCAUCACGGGUGGAGCUGUGUUGAUCAUCGUGUCGCAGCUGAAGAACUUCUUUGGCUAUGCUCACUUCCCACAUGAGUCUGGACCUUUUGGGAAGGUCGCGGCUUGCGUCCGGAUGUUGAACCAGGCGAACUGGCCCAACGUUGCGCUUUGCUCCGCAUUGAUUGUUUUCCUGGUGUGCUCCAAGCGCCUGAAGAGGAUUGCGCGGGAGAAAUCUCAAACAUCGACUGCUUGGGCAGUAGUUGCGCAGCUGGCGCAGAUCAAAGAAAUCAUUGUGGUGAUGGUCGGGAUUUUGUUCGUCCGACUCACGCGCAAGGACUCUGUGGCUAUAGUGCCCACUGUGGGCCACAUUCCGCAGGGCCUCCCCCCCUUAAGAGCGCCGUGGCAGUUCGAUGCCACUCGAAGACUACUGGAAGGACCCAGUGACGUGCUACACGGCUUCCUAUUCAGCGGUGUGGUCUUGGCCUUCUCGGCUUUCUUGACGUCGUACUCGAGCUUUAAGCGGCAGGCCCUGGCGUGCGACUAUGCUUUGGACGCCAGGCAGGAGCUCUUUGCCUUGGGAUCCUCCGGUGUGGUGGGCUCCUUCUUCGGCGCUUUCCCCCCCAGCGGCUCCCUGAGCCGAACUGGCUUGGCCGUGCAGCUGGGGGUCAACUCCCAGGUUUGCGGCCUUGCCAACGCGGCCGCGGUGGCGGCGGGCCUGAUCUUCCUCGCCCCGCUGAUCGAAGACUUGCCGAAGGCAUCCCUGGCGGCGAUCGUCAUGGUCUCUGCAGAGGGGCUCAUGGACUUCGCCAUGCCCGUGGACUUGUGGCGAUCCUCGGCAGAGUCCUUCCGCAGCUUCCGAAAGGACCUGCUGGUGUGGCUGGUGGGCUUCGUGUGCACCAUCCUCUUUGGGGCCCUGUAUGGGAUCAUACUCUCCGUGCUGGUGGCCGUUGGGCAGGUGGUGGCCGAUGCCAGCACUCCCGAUGCAGUAACCCUGGGAGCCGUUCCCCGUCUUCAGAACCAAUGGCACGACGUGUCGCGGUGGCCGGAGGCCAGGACGGUGCCUGGAAUCUUGGUCUUCGAGUUUCGCGGCCCCUUGGUCUUCGCCAGCGCCGAGUGGUUCCACGAUGAAGUAGAGCGCAUGCGGCUCUCUGAGAGCCACGGGGCUUCGAUUCGCUAUGUCAUCUUGGGCAUGAACCCUGUACCAGUCAUCGACUACUCAGCCCUUGCCAUGCUGCAAACCAUCCUGACGGAGUGGAAGAAGAAGGGCAUUCGGUGUAUGGUUGCUGAAGCCAACUCCAGCGUCCUUGACCUGCUGCACGAGAAGCUCGGCGAUCAGCUGGAGCAGUUCGAGGACAAGUCCAAGGAGGUCCUCAGCAUCGAAAGUGCGGUGUCCGUGGCCACAGGCCGUUUGGCGCGCUCGCGCCUCUCGCCGAAGCCUGUGGGCACUUGUGACUUUUAA